AGUUUGUCUUGAAAUCGCGACUCGAACGGUCAUCGUGUGCGGAUGUUAAGCGGGAAAGUGGGAAAUCGGAAAAGCGCAGUCAGAAACCGAAACCCAGCUAAAGAAAACUCGUGCAACUCGCUAGCAGUGCCCACGCAACAAACAAGAAUAAUAAAUGCGAAAUAUAUAUGAAAAACACAGGUUUCAGUUUCAGUGACAAGUGUGCAACAUAACUCAGCAGCAGUGAGGUUUUUCACGAACUCACAGCCGAACCAUCGCUACCAAGACGAGCGAAGCCCAAAGCGAGUGUGUUUAUUUAACACACUUCCUCGUUGCGAAAGUCUUCAGUUCGUGUCUGCUGCUCGCGAAGUGCGCGCCACAGUGAAGAGGGAAAGCGGAAACGGAAACGAAUGCGUCGCAAGCGAUAACGGAAACGGAAGCGAAGGAACAUGUGUGUGUGACGGGAAGAUCUCUGCUACCCGAAUUUAGAAUAGAUCGUAUAGAUCGCAGCCAAUGCCGCUCAAUGCCCAGUUAAAGAUUGCUCAAUCAGUGAACAAAGUGACAUACGCGAAAGUCAGUGACUCAAACUGUUGUGCUAAAAAGCAACAAAAAUACUCUAUUGCCGACUUUAGCCAGGCCAAAAGGCAGGCAGGCAGCAUGUGUGCCACGGGGAAAGGUAAGCACAGGCUCUGUAGCCUCAGUGCCCUGCUCCUCGUCCUGGUCGCCCAAACAGUGCACGUGGAAUACGCCCGGGCGGAUUAUGAGAACACCUGGAAUCUAUAUUACGAGCCGCCCUGCUGCACGGGCUCAUCUGCUGCCCAUCAUCUGCGCCACCACAAAGAACAUGUGCAGGACUUCAGUUGCGGGCCGCUGCACUACAAGACUUUCUACAUGGAUGAGCGCAACAAUGCGCUAUAUGUGGGCGCCAUGGAUCGCAUAUUUCGGCUCAAUCUGCGCAACAUCAGCCAAUCGAUUUGUGAGCGCGAUGUCCUCAUCCUGGAGCCCACCGGAUCGGAUAUCCUGAAUUGUGUUUCCAAGGGUAAACGGGAGGUGGAAUGCCGAAAUCACAUAAGGGUUAUCCAGCCGAUGAACUUCAAUGGCCAGAAGCUAUAUGUUUGCGGGACCAACGCCCACAAUCCCAAGGAUUACGUAAUAAACGCAAACUUAACACAUUUACCCAGAUCCCAGUACGUGCCCGGCAUUGGCCUGGGCAUUGGCAAGUGUCCCUACGAUCCUGCUGACAACUCAACCGCCGUCUAUGUGGAGAACGGAAAUCCCUUCGGCCUGCCCGCCCUGUACGCCGGCACAAAUGCCGAGUUCACCAAAGCGGAUUCCGUCAUAUUCCGCUCGGACCUGUACAACCUGACGAAUGGACGCAAGGAGGCCAACUUCAAGAGAACCGUGAAGUACGACUCCAAGCUGCUGGACAAGCCCAACUUCGUCGGCUCCUUUGAGAUUGGUGAAUUUGUGUACUUCUUCUUCCGCGAACAUGCCGUUGAGUACAUAAAUUGCGGAAAAGCCGUCUACUCCCGAGUGGCUCGGGUGUGCAAAAACGACCGCGGUGGAAAAUACAUGAUCAGCCAGAAUUGGGCCACGUAUCUGAAGGCGCGGAUGAACUGCAGCAUCUCCAGCGAAUUUCCCUUCUACUUCAAUGAGAUACAAUCCGUCUACAAGAUGCCAACGGACGAUACCAAGUUCUAUGCCACGUUCACAACGAAUACGAAUGGUCUGAUUGGAUCGGCAGUGUGCAGCUACGACAUCCGGGACAUCAAUGCGGCCUUCGACGGCAAAUUCAAGGAGCAGGCCACCUCGAACAGCGCCUGGCUGCCCGUUCUGAACUCCAAAGUGCCGGAGCCACGUCCUGGCACUUGCCACAACGACACCGCCACGCUGCCGGACUCCGUGCUGAAUUUCAUUCGCAAACAUCCGCUAAUGGACAAGGCGGUCGAUCAUGAAUUUGGCAAUCCGGUCUUCUUCAAGCGGGACGUCAUACUCACCAAGCUGGUGGUGGACAAGAUACGGAUCGACAAGCUGAACCAGGAGUUCCUAGUGUACUUUGUGGCCACGACGUCUGGCCACAUCUACAAGAUAGUGCAGUUCAUGCACUAUGGCCAGCGGCACUCGAACCUGGUGGACAUAUUCGAGGCCUCGCCGCACAGCGAACCCAUACGGGAGAUGACCCUCAGCCAUAAGACAGGAUCCCUGUACGUGGCCACCGAUCACCAGGUGAAGCAGAUCGACAUUGCCAUGUGCGCCCGCCGAUACGACAGCUGCUUCCGCUGCGUCUCGGAUCCCUACUGCGGCUGGGACAAGGACGUCAAUGCCUGCCGUCCCUACCAGCUGGGUCUGCUGCAGGAUGUGGCCAACGAGACGUCCGGAAUCUGCGACACCAGUGUGCUGCGCAAGAAGGUCACCUCCUCCUAUGGCCAAACACUGCACCUUUCCUGCUUUGUCAAAAUGCCGGAAGUGCUGCGGAAGAAGCAGACACGCUGGUACCAUCACUCCACCGAAAAAGGACGCUAUGAGGUGCGCUACACACCCACCAAAUAUAUCGACACCAACGAGGGCGGUCUGGUCCUCCUGGCGGUGAACGAGGGCGACGGCGGGCGGUACGACAGCUACUUGGACGGCACCCUGCUCUGCAGCUACGGCGUCACCGUGGACGCCCACAGAUGCUCGCCGCCAUCGCAGAAGCAGGACUACCAGAAAAUCUACUCGCAUUGGUGCAACGAGUUCGAGAAAUACAAAUCGGCCAUGAAGCAGUGGCAGGCCAAACAGGAGCAAUGCGGCCUCAAGGACAAAACAGGACCAAUCAGCAGCAAUGGAAAGCAUGUGAAUGAUGUGUUCAGCAACGAUGCUUUGGUCUGACCCAGAAGCGCAGAAAAGCAGUAAGCAAACGAGGAAAAUGUGAAGAACAAGUAUAAAAAUGGGACAAGAGCCGAGCUGAGGAAAAACUAUGAGUAAAGAAAAUGAUUACAGAAUGGAAAAACAACCACUACAAAGACUGAAAUUUUUAAGCUUUUAAAAUCGACAAUAUUUCUAAUAAUUUCGAUGCGUUUUUUUUGGUCAUGCUUUCGUUUCGUUUUGAGAUGUUGUCAGCGUCAAACUGAAUAAUUUUCGACAUUAACUAACUGAUAUACAAAGAUGGAGUAAACGAGAAAAGUUACUAGCAAAAGGAUCCUGCCAUAAGUCAAAUGGAAAUUACGGUUUUACACUCACACAAAGACACACCUACAGAAGAAACUAUUUCUAUUUCGAGCUAAGGUUAAGCUAAUCUAACGAUACGGAUACAGAUAUGGAUAUGGAUACGGAUACAGAAACCGAAAAAGAUACAGAUACGGAUACAGAUUGAGAAACAGACACAGAUGGAACUGCAACCACCUAAGUGAGAAUCUGACCUAAGGCAAUGUAUUUACACCAAGCUCAUGAGGCGCAACGCAACGAUUCGAUUAUGUUUUCCAUUUGGUUCAGUUUCCGGCAACUCGUCGCUUGGCCAUUUCGGGUUUGGGGUUGGGAAGAUCUUAAACGAAUUUGUAUAUUACUUAGCCAUAUUUGUUCGACUAAACUAGCCUAAGAUAUACAUAUACACGAUUAGCAGUCCCUGUUUAGGUCAUAGACAUGUACCGAACCAACUUAAUACGAUAGCCAAAACCAGAAACGGAAAUAAAGUUUCGGAAAACAAAUGACGCACAGCAUGAACGGCUAUAUGGGAUAUGAAACUAUUUAGCUUAGGGCGACUUGUACAUAGACGAGCUUUAGAUGAUAAGUAUGAACCAGCGUUAGUUUUGAUUUUUACUCGGCUACGAUUAUGAUUUGGAAUUCUCUAUUCGGCAUUAACUCGCUCUUGUAUAGAUUGUGCGUUGGCCUAAUGUUUACGAUAAGCAAUACAUAGUUAUAUAUGCAUAUGCGUAAUUAUAAAUAAAUAUAGACACAUGAAGUUACUGCAUUGAGACCAACAUGCUCAUGGUUACUUACCCGUACUUAGCGUAGGUAAGUUGAUGUGUGGCGCGUCAUUUUUUUUUAGUAAUAUUGCAGAAAUUCAUUCUCACGAAAAAAAAACAAAAAUUGAAAAAAAAAACUCAAACACGACUCGUUGCAUUUAGUAAACAUAUUUAUAUCCGCGAAAACUGCCAUAAUAAAGCAAAAAUCAAGGAAAAUCCAAACGCUUCACUCAGCCCGAAUCUAAAAUAGGUUUGUUCAACAGGAAAGAAAAUUUAAAUAAAAACAUGAGGGAUAAAGGAACGGAAUCUCUUAAGCAUUAUUGUCACCCAAACACACACACACUCUAAAUAUUUUUCUAAGGAUUUUUUCUGCAAAAGUUUUUAAUGUUUUCAUCUUAGGACAACAAAAAGGAAAAAAAAUAAACAUUUUAGCAUUGCAAACUGGCAUUGCCAUUGUAAAUGAACUAAACGGAAACCACAGAAAAAUAACUAUUACAAAACAGAUAUUUAAAAGCUACUAAUGCUCUGAGCUUCUAACUUUAAUGGAUGAAAUGUUUUUGCGUUGCCUUUAGUAGUGUUUUUUUGUUUAAACGAUUAUUGUAAAUAAUUUAAAGAUUAUGUGAAAUGUUUUGUAUGACAAUCACAUGAUGUUGAGUAAAAAAUAUAACAAAAAUAAAGCAAAGGAGGAAAUUGAAUGAAAACUCUAAAAACAAAAGAACAAAAAAAAACAAGGAAAAAAUAUGAAUCCAAUUGCCAUUGCGCAAUUAAGAAUGAAAAUAAAUAUUAAUUGAGUACUUAACGAAACAUUCACUGUAAAAAUAUUAAUACAAAGUAAAUAAAUAUUCGCGGUAAAUAUAUAUAUACAUAAAUAGAUAAACGACUUUUACAAAGUAUUCAUACAAUAAAAGAAGAUUUGCGCUUAACCAUCAUUCGAAUAUACCAAGUUCAAGGUUCCAUUUGAAUCAUUUCAAACGCAGAUUCCCGAACUAUUUAAAUAAUUUCGGAGAACAACAAAUCAGAAAAAAUGAAAGAAAUUAUGAAAACAAAUUAGGUGUAAACACAUAAAAAGUAAAAUGCAGUAAAUAAAUGUGAUAAGAUUCUUUAAUAAGCAAAA